AUGUUUGCUGCUGCCACAAAGAACUUUGUGAAGCAGGUUGGAGAUACAGGCAGACUGAAACCUGUUCCUGGUCUGAGUGAGGCUGACAGAUAUCAACCACUCAGUCUAGUGACAAAAAGGAAGAAAUCGUUCUUUUGGAAUAAAAAGAAAUACAGCCCUACACCGUUCACUCUGAAGGACAUCCUUGUUGGAGAAAAGGAGGUUUCCGCAGGUGUAUCUUCAUAUCAGCUUCUUAAUUAUGAAGAUAAGUCAGAUGUUUCCCUAAGUGGGAAACUUGGAAAUCAUAUAAUUCAUGAUGUUGGAUUUAACGUUGAUGGAUCUGAUUCUGUGGCAGUGAAAGCUUCCUUUGGAAUUGUAACAAAACAUGAGGUAGAGGUUCCAGUACUUCUUAGGGAGAUCAUUAACAGAAAAAUUGAUAUGGAACAUUGUCUUGUUCGUCAGAUGAAAGAAGGUCGGCGUGCUGUAUUGUGUGUUGUCAUGGAAAGUAUCCGUACAACACGGCAAUGCUCACUUACUGUGCAUGCAGGCAUGAGAGGUAAAACAAUGAGGUUUCAGAUUGAUGAUGGACGAAAUCACAAAGGAUGUGACAAAGCCAUUGUUAUUCCAGCUCAUACAACAAUUGCAUUUAAUGUAUUUGAACUCUAUAUCCAUUUGGAUGGGCAUUUUGAAUUCUGUGUUACAUCUGAAUCAGAAGGUGGGUUUGAAAAAGAACAAAUAACUGAGCAAUUGGGCGGUUUAAUGAGCCGAUUCUCAGUGUGGAAAUUGCGACGAUGUCUGUCUGAUUUUUUUUACGGCAGUCCAUUCAGAUCAGAUGAAAAGGUGCUAGAUGAUGUCAGAAAUUCCACUCUUUAUUUGGAAGAUUUGAUUGCUGACUAUUAUGAAAAGGCUACCAGCAUGACUGACAUUUCCACGAACUACCUCAGAGAUAACGUACACACACGAGUCAAUCUCCUCAAUCAUAAUAUCUCUAAAGGACCCUGUACCCUUUGUGGCAUGGGAAGCUCCCGAAGAGAGACAGUAUAUGGAUGCCUUGAGUGUUCAUUCAAUGGGCAGAAAUAUGUGAGACUGCAUGUGGUACCAUGUUUUGAUCUGUGGCACAAAAGAAUAAGAUAAAACGCAUUUUGGUAUGGAUUAGAGGCCUAAGAAAUGAUCUCACAAAUGCAAGACUACAUUAGUAAUUGUGUAGUAUCUUUGACUACCUUUUUCAAGACAAUUUGUGUUUGGGUAAAAAUAUUCUUCCCUUUCCAAUGUUUUAAGUUUUAAACUUGUAAUGAAAUGUUGUGAAGCACUAAUUUUUGAGUGCCUCUGUUCAUGAAUGAACAUUCCUGUAAAAUUAUAUCAAUUGUUUUAACAUCAAAUGUUAGCAAUUUAACCAGUGACAAUAUACUUGUUAGAAUUGGUUUUAUAUUAUGUAAAUUUUAAAAGUUCUUCUACUUUGCCUUUAGUUUCUUUGGAUCAUGUUCUAAAGUUCUCUUUGCUUAUUUUACAAGCAUCCUGCAUCUUUGUAGGGACUACAUAAUGCAAACAGUUUCAUCUUCACAUUUGUUUGGACGUAAUUAAUUGCAAUUAGUAUAAGCAACAGACUUGAUGCUUAAAAGGUUAAUAAUUCAUUAAAGUAUCAGAUUGCAAACACACGAAGGUUUUCUGAGUUGAAGUGUUAAGUACCUAACAUUUGAAGGGGUUGAUUUUCCCUCCUGAAGCUGAGCAAACCCACUUUGGGAGGACCAAAUUGAAAGUGUGUGGAGUUGUUUUCCCUGGUUUAGGAAACAUGGUGAGUCAUGACAUGGUACACACUUUAAGUGACAUCAAGUUUGCUUUCAGCUGAGUGCACUGUGUCUCUUUCGUCUCACUACUCUGUAUUACAUAAAAUUAAGUGGUUUUAACCAAUUACUGAUAUGGACAAAAACAAGAACCUUCUGAGGAAGGGUCACCGGACCCGAAACAUUAACUCUGUUUUCUCCUUCACAGAUGCUGCCAGACCUGCUGAGCUUUUCCAGCAACUUUGUUUUUGUUCCUGAUUUACAGCAUCUGCAGUUCUUUUGGUUUGUACUGAUAUGGGCAAUUUAUCUAUAUUGGGUUUAGAAUAAAAGAAAAAAUUCACAAGUUUCCUUAAUAAAAACAAAAUGAUUGAUUUAUUGU